AUGGCACUCAAAAACCUGAGGAAAACAGGGCUUGAGUUGAAAAAAGUACUCUUUAACACAAUCCUUAACACAGAAAACACACCACAGGAUUGGAGAAAAGAGAAGGAAAUCAUACUAGCCCUAACUGAAUACACAUGGUUUGGGAAAGCUAUUUUGAAGGAAGAGAAAGCUAUCAAGGAAAUGGUCACAGAGGAAUGGUAUCGUAAGCACAGAAACUCUCUUAGAUGCAGAAAAAUCUUAUUCUUUGAUCAACUCCUCAAUGACAACAAAACGAGAUUUCUUUCCUGGCAACAAGUAUAUAUCCGAUUGGGGAAACAAGGUUGUAUCCCCAUUUGGUAUAGAGAACUGAAAAAACUGUCAAAAAAAUUAGGAACCCUACAGAAAAGAGAUAUGGAAGAACAAAUACUCAUCAGAGAGGAUAAGGACAACAAUCCAAACUUUAACAAUUUCCGUUCCAAUACACCGGUAUAUCCACAUCAAUAA